AUGGCCGCUUCCAACAACUGCUCAAUCCUCUUGUUGAUGAUAGCAUUAUUGGCCAUAUCAAGCAUCACUACAAGUCAUGCUGCUCGUAGCCUACUGCAAUUUCCUAACUUGCCUACAAUCCCUUCACUGCCUCAACCGACAAUGCCAAAAUUGCCCACUAUUCCAAACUUGCCAACAACAGUCACAUUGCCACCAUUGCCAACACUUCCAACAGCUAAUACACCUUUACCUUCUUUCCCUACAUUGCCCUCUGUGCCUAAGAUGACUCUACCACCAAUGCCUGCCAGCAUUCCUCUGCCCAACAUGCCAUCCCUUCCAAAUAUUCCAACAAUUCCAAAUAUUAUUCCUACAAAUUCACCUCCUCCAUCCAACUAA